CACCAAAUUGAUACGUGCAGCGCUCUCUCAGUGGGGAGAGGGAAAAAGGAUGUGCAGGGGGGCGAGAAGGAGAGAGCGAGCGAGAGGGACAGGGGAUAUUGUCGGGUGGGGACUUGAGGGCUCGAGGGGAUGGAGUCUUGCAUAAGGGCCGAUCUGGGCUUAGGGAUUGAGCUUGCGCAGCAGUGUCGGGAUGGCUCAGCAAUGGCGGAAGACUGGCGUCGGGCAUUGGCGACAGUCGUGCCGGCUGUUGUCGUGCUCCGUACGACAGCGGCCCGCGCUUUUGAUACUGAGGUCGCAGGCGCCAGCUGCGCCACCGGAUUCGUCGUGGACAAGUCUCGUGGCAUCAUCCUCAGCAAUCGUCACGUCGUGAAACCUGGUCCAGUAGUUGCCGAGGCAAUGUUCGUUAACCGGGAGGAGAUUCCGGUGUAUCCUCUGUACAGGGAUCCGGUACAUGAUUUUGGUUUCCUUCGUUUUGACCCUGGAGCCAUCAAGUUUCAUAGCUACAAAGAAAUUCCUCUUGCACCAGACGUUGCAUCCGUCGGAUUAGAAAUUCGAGUGGUGGGUAAUGAUAGUGGUGAAAAGGUUUCAAUUCUGGCCGGAACUCUUGCACGUCUUGAUAGAGAGGCACCCCAGUAUAAGAAGGAUGGAUAUAAUGACUUCAAUACAUUCUACAUGCAGGCUGCAUCUGGUACCAAAGGAGGUUCAAGUGGCUCACCUGUAAUUGAUUGUCAAGGAAGAGCAGUUGCUUUAAAUGCUGGCAGCAAAUCAUCCAGUGCUUCAGCUUUCUUCCUUCCUUUAGAAAGGGUUGUUCGUGCAUUUGAUAUAAUAAAGAGGAACUGGGAUACCUUUGUAAGCCACCUAGAUGCCGUGAAAAUCCCUCGUGGUACGCUUCAGGUGACAUUUCUUCAUAAAGGAUUUGAUGAAACAUGCCGGCUUGGACUUAAUAGUGAAACUGAAAAGGUCGUGAGAAAUGUAUCCCCUCUUGGUGAGACAGGAAUGCUGGUUGUUGAUUCCGUGGUGCCUGGAGGCCCUGCAUACAAAACCUUGGAACCUGGUGACAUUCUGAUUUGCAUAAAUGGGGAGGUGGUUACACAGUUUCUUAAACUGGAGGCAUUACUUGAUGACAAGGUUGGUAAGGAGAUCGAGCUACAGAUCGAAAGGGGUGGAGUCUUAUUGGUAGUAAAAUUAACGGUUGAGGAUUUGCAUUCCAUAACUCCAAAUUAUUUCUUGGAGGUUAGUGGCGCUGUUCUACACCCGCUUUCCUAUCAGCAGGCUCGAAAUUUUCGUUUCAGAGCUGGUGUUGUUUAUGUUGCAGAGCCAGGGUAUAUGCUCUCUCGUGCCGGCGUCCCUCGCCAUUCCAUUAUAAAUAAGUUUGCUGGAGAAGCAAUUUCAAAAGUAGAAGAUCUGAUUGAAGUUCUUUCUAAAUUGUCAAGAGGUGCCCGAGUGCCUUUGGAUUAUGUAAGCUAUUUAGAUCGUCAUAGAAACAAGUCAGUUCUUGUUACGAUUGAUCGUCAUGAAUGGUAUGCUCCUCCUCAGAUAUAUACACGUAAUGACAACACAGGGUUUUGGACGGCGAAGACUGCAAUACCGCCAGAUUCUCUGCUUCGUGCUUCUAGACUUCAAACAAAUUCAAUUCCUGUUUCUUCAUUGAGGAACUCUGUUCCUGUGGAACGUCAACAUGAUAUUAAUAAUGAAAAAUGGGAAGAUGUUUGCACAGAAAAGGAGAGUAUUGAUCAGGCUGUUCUUGAAGGAUCAUACACAGAUGAUGUUAAAAUUGUGUGUAAAAGAAGGCGUCUGUGGGACAAUACAUGCAGUAAAGGAAACAGUGAAUCUAAUGGAAGCGUUCAUGCAUUUAAGGAAUCAACUCCUACACAGACUUCGAACUGUGAAAACAAUGAUCUUUCAGGCAAUAUGGCUGUUACAUCAACAAAUGCAUCUUUAGCAGAACAUGUGAUCGGGCCUGCUCUUGUGAUGUUUGAAGUGCACGUGCCACCUUCAUGCAUGCUUGAUGGUGUGCAUUCACAGCACUUUUUUGGAUGUGGAGUCAUUAUAUAUCAUACAGAAAUCAUUGGUUUGGCUGUGGUUGACAGAAACACCGUAGCUGUAUCGGCGUCUGAUAUAAUUCUUUCUUUCGCUGCAUUUCCAGUGGAAAUUCCUGGGGAGGUUAUUUUUUUGCAUCCUCUUCACAACUACGCUAUUGUUGCUUAUGAUCCUUCUAGCUUAGGAGCAGGUGCAACCUACGUUCAAGCAGCUACACUCCUUCCAGAACCUGCAUUGCGACGUGGAGAAUCUGUAUAUCUGGUUGGACUAAGUAGAAGUCUACAAAUAACUUCAAGAAAAUCCACUGUUACAAACCCAUGUGCUGCUCUAAAUAUUGCAUCAGCUGACUGUCCAAGGUACCGUGCUAUAAAUAUGGAAGUUAUUGAACUUGACACAGAUUUUGGUAGCACAUUUUCUGGUGUGUUGACUGAUGGACAAGGAAAAGUUCAAGCAUUAUGGUCAAGUUUUUCUGCUCAGCUGAAAUAUGGUGGCAGCUCUUUAGAAGAUCAUCAAUUUGUUAGAGGUAUACCCAUAUAUGCUAUAAGCCUAGUACUUGAUAAAAUACUCUCUGGGGCUAGUGGACCAUCACUACUUAUAAAUGGCAUGAAAAGACCAAUGCCUCUUGUUAGAAAUUUGGAAGUGGAACUUUAUCCGACAUUGCUUUCAAAGGCAAGAAGUUUUGGACUGAGUGACAUUUGGAUAAAGGCUCUUGCUACAAAAGAUCCAGUAAGAAAGCAGGUUUUGCGUGUUAAAGGUUGUUGGGCAGGAUCCAAUGCUGAAAGGCAUUUAGAACAAGGAGACAUGAUUCUAGCCAUCAACAAAGUGCCUGUCACAUGCUUCCGUGACAUUGAAAACGCUUGCCAGGAGUUGGAUCGGCUCAAUGAUAGUGAUGGAAAGCUUAAGAUAACAAUAUUUAGACAGGGCCAAGAAAUUGAGCUUCUUGUUGGGACGGAUGUCAGAGAUGGCAAUGGUUCAACAUGUAUGGUCAAUUGGUGCGGAUCCGUCAUUCAAGACCCCCAUUCAGCUGUUCGUGCCCUUGGAUUUCUUCCUGAAGAAGGGCAUGGUGUGUACCUGGCAAGAUGGUGCCAUGGCAGUCCUGUACAUAGAUAUGGUCUGUAUGCUCUGCAAUGGAUAGUUGAAGUAAAUGGGAAAUUGACGCCAGAUUUAGAUACCUUCUUAAAAGUUGUUGAGGGACUGGAGCAUGGUGAGUUUGUGCGUGUGAAGACGGUUCACUUAAAUGGGAAACCACGAGUUCUGACUCUGAAGCAAGAUCUUCACUAUUGGCCAACUUGGGAACUUAAAUUUGAUCCAGAAACCGCAACAUGGCGUAGGAGAACGAUCAAAUCCUUGAAUUCCACUAACUGAGAGUCUCAACACAAGGUAUUUGCGCACCCCAACGGGAGAUUUUUUAUGAAUUGUCACCCUGUAGAAGAUUUGAUUGCAUAUAUUGAUUUGUUUACCCUUAAAUUGUUUUAGAACUGGGUUAUAAAUUUCAGAGUAGGAAUGUCUGUUAUAUCAACAAUCACUUAGAUCAGUUUUUGUGCAGCGCGCAUGAUUCUUUACCCUUACAGACACAGUACAUGUUACCAAAAUUUGUAUCAAAUUUCUUAAAAGA